CCUGGAAGUUUUAGCGUAACUGUUCCGGAGAAGGUGUAAUUAGUCCAAGAAACAUUAUAUACAUUUUUCUGGAUAUGCCACAGAAGGAUCCAUGUCAGAAACAAGCCUGUGAAAUACAGAAAUGUUUACAAGCCAACAACUACAUGGAAUCGAAGUGUCAGGCUGUCAUCCAAGAACUUCGUAAGUGUUGUGCUCGAUAUCCCAAGGGAAGAUCUCUUGUCUGCUCAGGAUUUGAGAAAGAAGAAAACCUGACACUAAAGUCUGGAUCCAAGUAAAGUUGUGCUGAGAAGUUAAAUUCUGCUUCAUGUUUCCCUUAAAUGUGUUUUAUUUACUACCUCUUCUCCACGCCAGAUAGCAGCAAAUAGCAAAUGAAAAAGUCAAUUGUAAGAGUUAGCAAAUAUGCCAUCUAUGCAAAAUAGAACAAAAUAACCUGUUAGAAAAUAAAUAUGUGUAAUGUAAAAGGGAGCUGCUAAAAUAAACCUGUUUUACAUGAAAAUUUUGGUU